AUGGCAGACAUUCGAAGUUUUUUUGCCCCCGAAGGCCUCGUGGCUAGCCAGGGGAAGGGCAUCAGCAGCAGCAAGAGCAGCAAGAGCAGCAAGAGCAGCAGCACGAAGAGCAGCAGCAGCAGCAGCAGCAGCAGCAGCACGAGCAAACCCGCCGCUCCGAAGGCCCCAAAAAAGGCAGCAGCAGCAGAACAGCUGCAGAAUAAGAAGAAGACAGCAGCAGCAGCAGCAACAGCAGCAGCAGCAGCAAAGAAAGGCCGUCGCGCCUCCGACGCCCCUCAGCAGCGAGGCCGGGGGAAGCGGGCGCGCAGCAGCAGCAGCAGCAGCAGCAGCAGCGGAAGCAGCAGCAGCGAGGAAGAGAGUGAAGCCACCGUGGUGCAGAGCAGCAGCAGCAGCAGCAGCAGCAGCAGCAGCGAUGAGGAGGAGACAUUCAGCCCCCCCAAAGCCUCCCAACCUCGCAAAACGGGGCGGCUGCGCCGCGUGGUGCUGUCGGACAGCGAAGAGGAGAGUUCAGCUGCGGAGGACGCCAAGAGGAGCAGCAGCAGCAAAGAGCAGCAGCAGCAGCAGCAGCAGCAGCAGCAGCAGCAGCAGCAGCAGCAGAAGCAGUCUAAGAAGACCGGCACUCGCUGCGUGGUUUUGGAGCCCGGAGAAACUGACAGCGACGAAGAGACAAAGAAGAGCAGCAGCAAAGUUCCCGCGGUGACCCUGGACAGGUUUCUUAAACCUGCUGCUGCUGCUGCUGCUGGAAGCAGCAAGCAGCAGCAGCAGCAGCAGCAGCAGCAGCAGCAGCAGCAGCAGCGGAGUAAGCCGCAGAGGGUCGAGGUCGACGUCGACUCCUUCUUUGCUGCUGCUGUCAGCAAGGAAAUGCGGAAACCCAAAAAGCCGUUUCCUGCUGCUUCUGCUGCUGCUGCUGCUGCUGCUGCUGCUGCUGCUGACGCUGAGGCAAAGGGGGAGGCAGCAGAGGAAGCAGCAGCAGAAACAGCAGCAGCAGCAGCAGCAAAUGCUGGCAGCGAGCCCGCAGCUAUGAGCGUCGACAACGACCCACACUCAGCCAAACAAGAAGUUGAAGGCUCUCCCACUUCCGCUGCAAAGAAACGCAAACUGCCGUUUGCUGCUGAGGGCAGCAAACCUGCUGCUGCUGCUGCUGCUGCAGCAGCAGCAGCCACCCAGAAGUCCCCCAAAAAAGUUAAAACCAAACCCAGCAGCAGCAGCAGCAGCAGCGGAAGCAGCAGCAGCAGCAGCAGCAGCAGCAGCAGCAGCAGCACACUGUGCGGAAAGAAGGUUGUGCUGACAGGAGUGCUGCAGCAAAUGAGUCGAGAAGAAGCUGUAGAAAAAAUUCUAGAGAAAGGCGGCUCCGUCACUACGGCGGGUUUAGGCCCUGGAAUUCGGGUGUCUGGGGUUUAUCGCGGGGACUUCAGCCCUGCACGGAAGACCGCUGCGCCGUGCAGGCUACGCAUGGCCUUCAAGACUCAGCUUGCAGUGGUCUCCGGGCGCACGGACUUGCUGGUGGUGGGCUCUGUCUUGGAAGACGGAAGGCCUGUGGAGAUGGGGGCGAAGUUUAGGAAAGCAGCAGAGCAGCAGCAAAAGGGGGGCCACAUUAGAAUAGUAAAAGAGUUGGAGUUUUUGGAAAUGUUGGGAGUUGCUGCUGCUGCUGCUGCUGCUGCUGCAGCAGCAGCAGCAGCAGCAGCGCCUGCGCCCCACGCCGCUGCUGCUGCUGCGCAAGCGGCAGCUUCGGGCGCUCCAGCGAAGCCAAGAGCCCCCUUCCCCGCUGCAGCGCGGGCCCCAGCAGCAGCAGCAGCAGCAGCAGCAGCAGCAGCAGCAGCAGCAGCAGCAGCAGCAGCGCCUGCAGCAGCAACAGCAGCAGCAGGAGACCAGCGGUCCACUUUGUGGGUCGAAAAGUACAGACCCCAAACCCCCAACGAGUUUCUCGGAAAUGAGGGGCCUUUUAAGUUGCUGCUGGAGUGGCUGCGGGACUGGCGGGACGUUUGCAUUCGAGGCAAACCCUAA